AUGAGGCUCUUAUUGAUAAGAUUUCAUAAGUCUAUAUAAAUCGCAUACUCCCGUCAAAUGUGGCCAUUAGUUACCAUCAAAAUGAGACUACUCGCGUUGUUCUUGAGCGUGGCGGUUGCCGUAGCGGUAGCCCUACCUAUCGAAGAGUUGGGACCAGAGAGUGUUCCGUUCGAGGAAUACGGCCAGGAGCAUAUCCCCAACGAGGAAAUUGGUGAGGAGUUCAUUCCCAACGAAGAUGAAGGAAUUGAACAUAUUCCUUACGAGGAUGAAGGAAUUGAACACAUGCCCGUAGAACAGUCCCCGUGGUCCUUGGUGCCUGACGGUAACGGUCACCUGCAUUUGGUGAACACCGAUCCCUACAACUUGGCUGGUCAGGAAGAACCUGAAGCAUAUUUCAACGCCGAUACCCAAACCAUCUUCCGACUGUUCACCCGCGCUAAUCGAAACACCAAUGGCCACGUGAUUCAGCUUGGUAACGCUGGAUCUUUGGGAAGUUUCUGGAACGGAGGUCGUCAGACUCGCUUAAUUAUCCACGGUUGGAACAACAAUGGAGGUUCGCCAGUUAAUACUCAGAUUCGUAACGCCUAUCUGGAUCGCGGAGACUUCAACGUGAUCACCGUCGAUUGGGGAGCAGGUGCCCAGAAUCCGAACUACCUGACUGCCCGUAACCACAUCAAUGCUGUUGGAGCCACCGUUGCUCGUUUCGUAGACUUUCUGAAUCAAAGCGGAGGCAUGUCCUUCAAUAACGUGUACAUCACUGGCCACAGUCUGGGAGGACACACCGCUGGUAUUGCUGGAAAGCGCGUAACCCGUGGACGUCUGCACUCGGUUAUUGCCCUGGAUCCUGCCCUGCCUUUGUUCUCGAUCAACGCACCAAACGAGCGUGUUGCUCCAACCGACGCCAACUACGUUGAGGUUAUCCACACCAAUGCUGGCCUGCUUGGAUUCGAUUUGCCGAUUGGACAGGCCGAUUUCUACCCGAACGGUGGACGCUCGCAGCCGGGAUGUGGCGUGGACGUGGCCGGAACUUGUGCCCAUAGCCGUGCCUGGGAGUUCUUCGCCGAAUCGGUUCGCACCGGACGGUUCAACUCGGUCCGUUGCGCCAACUAUGAUCAGAUCUUGAACAACAACUGCGUGUCGAGUGGUCCCAACAGAAAUAUGGGAGGAGAGCCGUCGAAUAUUGGAAUCGCCAGUGGAGUGUACCAUUUGACCACAAACGCCGGCAGUCCAUUCGCUCGAGGUUAAAUAUGUGUAAAUAAAUUAUGUGAUAAAUUUUAUAUUUGUCUACAUUUUUUCAUGACCAGCUUUCACUAGAUAUUAGAGAUUUGCAAAACGCGUAAUUAAAAUAUUUUGAAGUUAUAACAUAAA